CAUUUUUAUUUUUUCAAAAAGCCAACAAAAAAAUUUCAACUAUUUCGACCAUUUUGUAACACAUAAAACUAAAUAACUUUUUUUGUGCUUUGUUCGAAUUGAAAACUUCCCUAAUUUUGAUCGAUCCAAAAAACCGAAACAAAACGACAAAAAAUGGCUUCACAUUGUUUUGUUUGUCAAUUGCCGAUAUUAUCACAUCAAACAUGGGACACAUGGACCUGCGGACCGGGCAUUGGUCCAACACAAUCAAUAUUCACCGAUAUAUUUCAUGAAGAUUGUCUACAUUGUUCAGUCUGUAUGUCACGGCUGAAACAAGGAAAUGGAUCCGCUAAACGUGUUGGUAAUAAAAUCUAUUGUGUUCUACAUUUUGGUGAUGUUACCGGUUCAUUUAGUUCACCGGGUGAAGAUUAUAUAAACAAAUUAAGAGAUUUCAAACGACAAAGUCUUGGUUGUGCUGAAGCCCGACGUAAAUCAUCGACAACAUUAUCGUUCGCUGUGCCGGUACAAGCAUGUCCAGGCCAACCAUAUUGUUCGAAAUUCCCACAUGAUGUCAAACCAACAACUGGCUAUUGGAUUGAAUGUCGUGGUGGUGCCUCACCGGUUAACAUCAAUGAAAUUCAAUCAGCUGUGUCUGAUUCACAACAACAAUUGCAACGAAAAUUUCAACAACAAAAUCGUUUUGCUACAUUUGAUGCUACUGAUAAUAAUAACAAUGAAAUGGUUACAACCAUUCAUUUGACAAAUGAAUUAAAUCUAUUUCAAACCGGAGGUGGAUCAUCAUCAUCAUCAUCGAUGAUGAAACCACCACCAACACCGACAGUAGAAGCCGUUCUGACACGUGGAAGAUUAGAACGCCAAGAUACAAUAAAAACCGAUUAUCGUGAUCCAAAUGAUGAUAAUAUCGAUGAUGUUGAUGAUGGACGGCCAAUUUCGAAAGAUGAUUUAGAUCUAGUGAGAAAACCAUCAUUGAUGGGACAGCAAAUAUUUCCAAAUAUCACUAUAACCAUUGUACAGCCAUCAUCACCACCACCAUCACCUCCAUUAGGUGGUGGUGGUGGUGGCAGUAGUAAUAAUAGUUGCACUAAUAAACAACAACAACAACAAUCACAACAAUAUGCUGUCACAUAUAAACCAUCAGAUGGUGGUGGUGGUGGUGGUGAUUGUGUAGCGACAUCAUCAUCAUCUGUUAAAUCAUCAAGUCCAAUAAAAUCACAACAACAACAUCCACCGGGUAUAUUGAAAUCAGAUGACCCAUUUGAAUUAAUUUCAUUUGAAGAAGAAAUUUAUGAAAAAUAUUUCUAUGGCCGUGAACAUUGGAAUUAUUUCACUAAUGAUGAAGCAUUAGGUCCAGUUAUAAUGAGCUUAAAACAAGAAACCAUUGGGGGUCGUGAUCAAUUCCGUGUUCUUUUGCGUACCAUUUCCUAUUCAUUACAUGGUCUAGUACCAACGUCGGCUAUUUGUGCCGACCGUUAUGAUCGUGAAGCUGUUGUUCGUGCCCUUGGUGAUGAAGCCGGUUUGAAACCGCCAUUGGUUUUAGGUCAAUUACCAAGUACACCGGAUGAAUUGCUCAAAUUGGAUCAAGUAUUUGUUAAAUCUGAACUUAAAGUUGGUGUUAUCUACAUCCAAGGACAUCAGUGUAAUUCAGAAGAAGCAAUUUUAGGCAAUAAAAAGGAAUCACCACUUUUUACUGAAUUUCUUACGAUUCUUGGUGAUCGUAUUAAAUUGAAAGGUUUUGAUAAAUACAAAGGUGGUCUGGAUACAGUUCACGAUCUAACUGGAACUGAAUCCGUUUAUACUUGUUAUAAAAAUAUUGAAAUCAUGUUUCAUGUAUCCACGAUGCUACCACAUGAAGAUUCGGAUCCACAAAAAUUGCAGAAAAAACGUCAUAUUGGUAAUGAUAUUGUUUGUGUUGCAUUUCUUGAAACAGAUGAUGCACUUUUCUGGCCUGGUUGUAUUAAAUCACAUUUUCUUCAUACAUUUAUUGUGGUGAAAACAACACCACGAGAUCCACUUGAACCGGAUGAAACACGUAAAUAUACUGUUGCUGUUGUUUGUCGUGAUGAAGUAUCAGCUUUCAAACCAUAUUUGUGGCAUCAAUCAGAAUUUGAAAAGGAUUCUCAUUUACGUGAAUGGCUUUUGACUAAAAUUAUCAAUGGAGAAAGAGCCAGUUAUUCUUCACCGAAAUUUGCACGUAUGCAGGAUCGUACACGAUCACAAAUGAUGGAAGAUAUUGUAAAUAAUUUAGCCAAUCAUUUAGCCACUGGCCAGAUACCGAAACCAUAUCGAAGAGGUAGUUGGCGCCCAAUAGGACAUAUGCGUCCAUCAAGUCCACUUUUGGAUUCAGUGCGUGAUCUUUUCGAAGGUUAUGAUCAAAUUGCUAAAGAUUUCGCCAAUGCUUUUCAUGGCAAUGCCAAACUAUUAUGUGAUGUUGUAUUCAAUGUUAUUGGUUCGGCUAAUGGACAACCGAUAAAUAAUAAUAAUGGCGCUGGAAUGAUUUCAAUGGGUCAUACAGAUCCGGUUCAUAAUUCGUCGGUUUCUGGUGUUCGUCGAAUAUAUGCUGUAAGAGCUAUACUUGCUAUACGUUCACGGGUAUUUUUGGAAAUGUUGUAUGGAUUCGCACCACCCGGACAAUCAGGACAAUUACUAUCACAACAACAAACUUCGGACAUAAAUACUACAUCAUCGACAACAAGCGGAAAAGAAUCCAGACGUAAUUCAUCAGGAAAAUCAUCUGGUUCAUCAUCGAAACGUAGUAGUAUAACAGCGGAAACAAAAAAUAUGAUUGCACAAUUACCGAAAAUCAUUGCACCUAAUCAUUCCAAAGAUAAAGAUAAAGAUUCAAAAGAAAAAGAUUCAAGAAAAGCAUCCACUGUAUCAACAAUAUCGGCAAAUGCUUAUUCAACCGCUUCGAAUUCAUCGAAUUAUUCAACAAUGUCAGCAACAACACAGAUAAAAACACCCACUUAUUUAACUGUUCCUGGAUCCAGUGGUAGUAGUGGUAAUGUAUUUAAAAAUGCAUUUAAUCGUCUUGUUUCUGGAUCAUGGUCCGGAUGGGGAUCGAAAGGCGGUCGUAAUGAAUCAAUGAAACGAUGGCAAAGUGAAUCAUUUUAUGCCAAAAUGGAUCAAAAUGUCGGCGUCGAGGUGCCAGGUAUUUCAAUGUGUGCUGAUGUAGCUAAAAUUGAUCCAAAUAAAUUGGCACAAACUGAGUUUACAAUAAUUGAAUUUGAUGGCGAUACAUUUCAAUUAUUGAUUGAAUAUCUACAUUCAGGAUCAUGUCCAUUAACAUGUGAUACGGUACCAGGUUUAAUAUGUGCCGCCGAACAUUUUGAUCUACCAGAUUUAUUACAGGCCUGUGUACAUCAUACAAAAACACAUUUACGUUUAGCAUUGGUGCCACGAAUGUUGUGUCAAUUGGAAAAUUAUUAUUGGCGUUAUACAUCGGCAUCACAAUUGGUAAAUACAAUCCUAACCUAUGUGGAUCCAAGAGCUUCCAGAUUAUUUCAACGACCAGAAUAUUUAAUGUUAUCAGAAUCAAUGUUGACAACAAUCAUAUCAAGGCGAACAAUUCUGAUGAAUGAAACAUUAAAAUUUCAAGUAAUGUUACAAUGGUCAUUAUUCAAAGUAACAAAAGGCCAUUAUAUUGGCAAUGAACGGCCAGCUACAUUGAAUCAUAGUGAAUCACAAGAAUUACAAGUUAUCAUGAAUCGUUUAACAAGAGAUUUAAAAUUGGCUAAAAUUCCAGCACAAGAUCUAAUCAAGAUUGUUUUACCAUCAAAAACUAUCAAUAAUGAUCGUAUAUUGAAUACAUUAUUGACACAAGCUAGUCAAGGUGUUCGAUGAUUGACGAAAAAUGGAUCAAACAACAAGAUGUUUCGUCAUUGUUUUUUUUUAUUAUUCACUCAACAAAAAAAAAUCGCAAAAUUACAAUACAGCAAUAAUGAUCUCGACUUGCUGAUUUUCUUUCAAAUCAUCAAAUCAAUCAUCACAACAAAAAGAAACAUAAACACAGAGAAAUUAUAAAAAAUAAGACAAAAAAAAUCAGCAAGCCAUCAAUCGAUCGAUCUCAUAUCUCUCAUUCACAUAUAUUUUAUAAAAAGGCCAAAUUUUUCCACCUCCAAAAA